UUUUUCUUGCCUAGGAAAAUGUAGGAAGUUAAAGUUUCAGAGCUGCUCUGGUUACUUCAAAUGUAUCUAUUUUAAUUAACGGAAGUGCUGUGUAAAAAGCUAUCUAAACUACAAAACGGUUUGAACAUCCGUUCCAGCUAGUACAACUUUUUUUAUUUUUUACGGAGACUUGGGGGGCUGUGGGAGAUGUGCACAGUGGGAGGACAGCCUCUGCUGCGCUGUUUAUUUAAAGUUAGAGAAAGAAACAAGUUUCCGCCAUAUCUCUAAAUUUCUUGGUGUGGGUUUUUUUUUGUGUGGCCCGGUCAGACCUUUGUUAAAGCUUUUGUUACUUAACAGAAGCGGCACAGUUAUUAUUAAAAUGACUAGUAAGAUAAUAAAAGAUGAUGUAAACUCCAGAGUUUAAGUGAGAACACUUUUUGUGUGCAGCUGUGGACAGUGCUAGGUUGAAAGUUUAGUAGAUCUCUGCUUUGUGCGGCUCCCAGAAUUUCACUGUCUGGCUCUUCUUUUCAGCUGGAAUGCUUUAUUCCUAUUCCUUGCACCACUGACAGUAAUGGAAGCUGAGAAAUGUGUGAGGUGGGAAGCUUCAGUGUAGGGUGUUCUGCUUCAGUGAGCCCACCACAACUCAGUGCUGCUGCUUUAACUAGUCUUGUAUUUUACUUCCUGCUUGUCUGUCCUUUCCUUUCCUACUUAUUGUCUUGCUUCUUGCCAUUCUUUUCUUUCACUUUUUGUUCCCCCGUGGGCUGUGUGUGGUGUUUGGUGCCCGUGUUGUUGCACCACCACUGACCUGGUCUGUGAAGAGAUGCCCCAAAGGCUGGAACUGCUUUGGGGCAACUGCCCUUUCCCCAGGCCUUUUUGUGUCUCGCGCUUGAGAAGUUCUGGGGGACAUAGGAAGUUAUCACGUAGGAAGUAAUUAAAACGGCAAAGCCGGUGUCUCUCCUUCUGGCUGUGGGAAAAGCCUGGUAGCUGUCAUUUGGUUCGGAGGUGCCAAGAUGUAAAUUUCCCUUUUGAUCCAAAUAACCGCUUUCCCAGUUGAAAACCUCGCCCUGAGAAUUAUUUAGCAAUCCAAACGAGUGGCACAGUGAGUUUCCUACGUGGAGUUCAAGCCAACUGAACUGCUCCUGUUUUUUCUGGCUUUCCCAUAGCUCUGCCCAACAGUUAAGAAAAGGAGCAUCUAGAAAACUUUCUUAAUAUACCCCUCUUCUCUCACCUAUUUUUAUUUUGACAAGAUUUUGUUUUGACAAGAGGCAAGAAAACCAUCAGGGAAGGGCUGUUCUUUCUUUUGGGCCUGUGAGCUCCAGAAAGCGCUGGUCCACAGCGCUCUCGUGGUUUGGUUUGUCAGUCUCAAGUGAGACCCAGAGGGAGGAAAACCGAUACUGGGAACUGUGCUUAUCAGUCGCUGGGGAAAGUACCUGAUAUAAAACUUUGAUUUUAUUUUGAAGAACCCUUCUUGACUAAGUGUGAAAGGGUUUGAAAAUGAGAGCAAAGAGCUCGCAGCAGCAGGCAGUGGAUGCUCUGCAUUUGCAGAGGUAAAAGAGCGUUUUCGGGGGUUGUUCUCGUAGGCAUCUGCCAGCCCUGGGGUGCGGGGCUGCCCAUGGCUCUGUCCUGGUAGUGCCCAGGGCUGUCUGCUCAGCCGUCCUCAGGAGAGCUGCCUGGCUCUGAGUGGGCCCAUCCCACGCUGUCGCACUCCGUGUCUGUGCUGCUUAUUUCCAGCUGAAGGGUGCAGGGGCCCCUCAUCAGCCCUGCGAGGGACCCUCUGCCUGCCACCUCGUGCUCCGUACGGCCAUCGGGAAGCCUCGGGUAGGAAACAGAGAAGAAAGAUUGUAGAACGGUAGCGCAGAGCCAACGUGUCCGUACAGAGCAUCCUGACAGCCCUGUGAGCGGUGGUGGUAGCAGUCAUGCAGAGCACAUUCUUGUACUUUCUUUGGAGCAAAUCAAAACAUUUUAAUUUUGGUGGAAUUAAAUUCAUGAAUUAAUCACUGGUUAAUUUCUUCUCAGUCUUUGUGACUUCAUUGCUAUGGUUACAGGAGUAGCAGUACUCAGGGAGGGCCGUGUCGCUGUUGGGGCCGUGGUGCGGCUCUGUCACAGGCCGAGGGGCUGCCCAAGCCGGGACGGUCACAUCGCUCCGGGGGACGUCACCGACCCCUUGGGGCGAGCUCGCGUGGGGAAACAGGAAAUAAUUACACAGCACGUUGUUAUUACAAUAUAACAAAUGUUACUGAGCAUUAAUUAUGUAAUAAAAUCAGUGCUGUUAAGGUCCUUUGAACAUAGUGCUAAUGCUUAUUAACACAAGUCUGCUGCUCAGGCCCGUUUCCUCCCAGUCCCUACGCUGCCCCUCAGUGACCCCCGUCCCCAGCGCGUCGCUGGGGGCUUGUUGGGGCUGCACAGGAGGACCCCGACAUGGUGGUCCCUCCUAGGGAUCUGUGACCUGGGGCCCGGAGCAUCCCGUCCAAUUCCCCAGAGUCAUGGUCUCCCUUUAGCUGUGGCUUCAGGAGGAGAAGGUCCCAAUGGUGGCUGCCCGGGCACAGGUCGGGGAAGGCCUGCUGCAGUUUGGUGGCAGUUCAGGUCUGCCGCCGACUGAAAACAGUGACUGGCUCCCACGGAAAGGUGAGGGACCAAUUUUAGCCGUUCUGUUCCUACCCCUUUAGUGGUGGGUGCUUUUUUCCUCUUGUGCCGGUUUGGGUUGUGCCCAAAGGUGGUCGGGGCAGUGGUGGUGGUUUGGUGGGGUGUUUGGACGCUCUCGCGGUCAACAGGGCCCAGGCUGGUACAGUCUGCUCUGAGACAUAAAUAGUGUUAAUUGCCAGCAGCUUCCCAAGUGACUGUUGGGAACAAUGAUGGUUUCUCUUCCUCUCUUCUCCUAUUGUUCUUUUUUUAAUGAUGUUUUUUAUUAAAUGCUUGCCAACAGAUUGACUAUAAAAAGAUUUAGGACUUAACACAUGCAAAUAAAGUGAGUGCUGGGGCUGGGAUGUUGUAAAUUAAGUUUUGGUAACCUUUUAAACCUUUCUAAUUCUUUUUAGCAUUUGUCAUUUUAUUAAUAGGCUGUCUUUGCACAUUAUAGAACGCUGCUAAAUUGAGAGCAGUUAGUGCAAAGUGCUGCAGUCGUUAGGGAGGUGCCUUACAGGGAAUAUGGGGAAACUAGUGUGGAACUGGACGUGAACGCUGACCUCGGGAGCAGCAGUGACACAGGAGAAACUGUUUUGGCAGUAACUACUCAUACCAGACCCUUCUAACAGCACCUACUGUGAGAGACUUCUCUGUAGAAAGUGAAGGGUGUUUGGAAACUACUUUGUCAGUCAGAGGCAUGUUGUGAGCACCGCCUCGUCCUGUUGGGAUUUUACCUGUGGGCCUCUCUGGAAACUCCGCUGCCUUUGAUGGGUCCAGUGAAUCUCUUCCUGACCGGGAAAAUAGAGAGUGCUGUUACCUCACUAGCCGCUUGCAGUGGAGAACUGGAGCAGCACACGGAGAGACGGGGAGUCAUCUACAGUCCCUCUUGGCCGCUGAACUACCCCCCGGCUGUGAACUGCAGCUGGUACAUUCAAGGAGACCGUGGAGACAUGAUAACAAUCAGUUUUAAGAACUUCGAUUUGGAAGACUCUCAGAAGUGUGCAGUAGACUGGUUGAUGAUUGGCCCCUCUUCCAAGAGGGAGGAGUACAAAGUGUGUGGAUCUUCCAUACCUCCGUCUUUCAUCUCUGCAAGGGACCACGUUUGGAUAUUUUUUCACUCAGAUGCAUCAAGCUCAGGACAGGCUCAGGGAUUUCGCCUUUCUUAUAUUAGAGGAAAGAUAGGUCAGGCUGUGUGCCAGUCAGAUGAAUUCCGUUGUGCAAAUGGAAAGUGUAUUCCCAGUACUUGGAAGUGUAAUUCCAUGGAUGAGUGUGGUGAUAACUCGGACGAGAGAAACUGCACUGUCCCUCCCACAGAGCCCCCGUCCAGCAUCUGUCCCUCAGGAAUGUUCCAGUGCAGCGCAGCCCACUCCACCAAGUGCUUGAUGAAUGAGCUGAGGUGUAAUUCAGUGAAGGACUGCAGCGACGGUUCGGAUGAAGAUAAUUGUCCUGAUCUUUCCUGUGGCAAAAGGCUGGGUAAUUUUUAUGGAUCUUUUGCUUCCCCAGACUUAUUCCGUGCUGAUCACAGCAGGUCAGACCUCCGUUGCACGUGGUACGUGGACACACAAGAUAAUCGACAUGUUCUGUUGCAGCUGGAUUUGCAGUUAGGCUACAACGACUACGUGAAGGUGUAUGAUGGCAUCGGAGAGAGAGGUGAUAAACUAAUGCAAACAUUUUCAUACCACAACAACAGGCAUUCGGUGAGCGUGGAGUCGUCAAAAGGCCAGCUCACUGUCUCGUACCACGCUCGCUCCAAGAGCACUGGCCAUGGGUUCAAUGCCACCUACCAGGUGAAAGGCUAUUGCCUGCCUUGGGAGCACCCCUGUGGAAGUGAUGAGGAGUGUUUCACGGAUAAGCAGCACUGUGAUGGCUGGUGGCACUGCCCAAAUGGCAAGGACGAGGAGAACUGUCCCGCCUGCCAGAAGAACGAAUACCCAUGUGAAGGAAACAGUGGGCUUUGUUACUCAAUACUUGACCGCUGUAAUAACCAAAAGAACUGCCCAGAUGGCUCAGAUGAAAAAAACUGCUUUACUUGCCAGCCAGGAAACUUCCAUUGUGGUACAAAUCUGUGCAUCUUUGAGACGUGGCGCUGCGAUGGCCAAGAAGACUGCCAGGAUGGAAGUGAUGAGCAUAACUGUCUGGUGAUCGUUCCCAGGAAGGUCAUCACCGCUGCCCUCAUUGGGAGCCUGGUGUGUGGCCUGCUGUUGGUAAUAGCACUGGGCUGUGCGUUUAAAUUGUAUUCUCUGAGGACCAGGGAAUACAGAGCGUUUGAGACCCAGAUGACACGGCUGGAGGCAGAGUUUGUGCGCCGGGAAGCACCACCCUCCUACGGGCAGCUGAUUGCACAAGGACUCAUCCCCCCCGUUGAGGACUUCCCUGUCUACAACGCCUCACAAGCCUCUGUGCUGCAGAACAUCCGAACAGCCAUGAGGAGGCAGAUGAGACGACACUCGUCACGACGGAGCUCAUCUCGGCGGCGCUUGGGCAGGCUCUGGAACAGACUCUUCCACAGACCUCGGGUGAGGGGACAGAUCCCGCUCCUGACACCUGCCCGCACUUCACAGACCACCCUGGGCGAUGGAAUCAUCAACCGUGCCGAUGGGCCUGCUCGGAGUCCUCCACCUUCUCCUGAAGGACCUAGUUUAGAGGCAAAUGCCCAUGGCCUAGCCAGGGCCCUACAAGAAGCUGGGUGCCACAGCUCGCAGCCAGAGACUGAAAUCACAGAGCCAUCGCCUUCAAAUGUCUUACCCCAUACUUGCACAGCAGCACAUGCAGAGCCUGAGGCUGGACGCGCUGACAAGCCUUCGGGUGCUGAGACCUCUGGCAGUGAGCUUACCCAGCCCAGUAAAGUGGAUUCAGGAAAGACUUUCAGAGAUCCUUUGUCUGAAAGUGUGACAGAAACAAUCCAUGGAGGGUCAGCGCCCAGGAGGACUGUCCCUGAGGACAGUAGUUUAAGUAGAAGUCAUCCGCUGAGUGAAGAGCCAUGUAGGUUACCCUUAAAAAAGUGGGAGUCUGCUUAUUCAGAUGGCCCAAUGAAUGUUCAUAUCCCAGUGGAUGGACAGAACCGAUGUUGCCCUAACUCCUACCGGGAGGAGCCUCUGGGCAUUCAUGCAGCUUGUUGCCAUUCUGUGGAAGUGCCAAUGGUAGAGUCCUCUACUCCCCUCUCUGAAAUCAAUACUAGUGAUGAUGAAUCUUUACUUGUUUGCUAAUAAAAAUUUUUGGUUUGGCCCUGUAAGUUUUGUAACGUCAUUGCUGACAUGCCAGUGCACUUUGGAGACGGGUGGUGUGUCUAUGCCCUCGGCUCCGUCUCAGAACCAGCAAGUGCUGAUCCCCAGGGAGGCAGAACCAGACUCACUGGGACAAGGCUUUGCCUUCGUUGCUAUUCCUGAAGCUCCAGUGGGGCAGAAGUAGGUCAGUGGGGGACGUUGGGGGCCGGGAGAGCACGAGUGUGUCGCUGCGGCUUGGAGGUAUCUCCAUCCUCUGGUGUUCCUUCUGUGCGUUUAUUCACGCUGCAUUCAGGGAAUUACCCUUCCUUUGCUUUUCAAGUGGUCUUACUGAAACUAGAGAGAGCUCUGUUGGAACCUGGAGCAGGCACCACUCCUAACUAUGACUACUAAACUAGAAAUAACAUUGUUGUCUUUUUAGACAUCAUGAUUUAAUUAAAAUGUAAUAUUUUUAAUUACAAAUACUUAAAAGGAAAUAAAAUCUUUUGUAGCAUCCUCUUUAUAGAAAUUGCUCACUUCCUUUGCUCCCUUUAGAAACGGCCAUGCAUACUUUGCAGUGUCCACUAAAACCAAAGUUUCUGUGCAGAAUGCUCAGAAUGAGAGGAGGUCUCUGAGCUGCCACAGCUUUGUGACAGGAGGUGAGCGGAGCACAUCCAGCCCCCGCUGCUGCAGUAUUUCCUUUUUCUGUUGUCAUAUGUUACAUUCCUUUCAUAGUGAGGUUCUGAAGGUUGAAGAAUUCUUUGCCUUCUCCCCACCUUCUUUUUCCCCUUGUCCCUUCUGUUUCCAGGGACUUUUAUGACUGUGCCACUUUGGGUGUGCCCUGAAGGAUGCUGAGGCUUCACAGCUCCUGUUGCUGCAGGAGGAAGUGCUGAGCACUUGGUAAUGGUCAGGCUCAGACUUCUAUUUUAUUUUGAAAUAAAAUCUGCUUCACAAGCUUGCUUGUAAAUCUGCUACCUAGGUGCAGAUGUAUAUAUCAGGUUUUUUUUUUAUUUUUAGAGGAUGCUAUUUUGUUUUAUUUUUCUUUCAAAAACUGAAAUAGGUCAUUUUCAAAGCCAACGCUGUGUGCAUUGCACAACACUUAAAUGUAAACUGGUGCCUUUUUGUGUAAUUAAAAGGAAGUUAUUUAGCUGGAAGAAGGGUGACAUUGCUUAGCAGGAGUGACACUGCCCUGUGAUACCUUGGCCCUGUCGCGGUGUUGGCCGGGCUCCCCCGUGCCCUAAGGAGCUCAGCUUCAGCUCCCACAGGACGCAGGGACAAACUGAAAUGCUUUAUAUAGAGAUUAACAAGGAGAUUGGUGAUGCUGCUCUGUAAAUGGCCGAGUGCUCUGAAACCUUUUUAUUGCUGUAGGAAUUCAAGUUGCCCAAAGUUAUGAACUGACCUGGUCACGCUGAGAUGGAGAUGGGCUCUGCUGCCCACCGGACCCCCCGGCUGUCCUCUUGCAGUGAGUGGCUGAGUUUACAUCAGAGUCUCAAAGAUGGUUUUCCUGUAAGUGGGCUAUAUUUUGCCCUAGAUCUUUUAUUAGGACUCCCUUUGGGAGUGCCUGAAAAAGAACAAGGAAUAGGACUUUCACUUCACCAAAAUGUAACGUGGAGGAAUUAAAUUGAUUUUUUUCCUUUUUUUUUUUAAUCCUCUUCAGUUGUAAAUUGGUUUCAUUCUGUGCACUCCAGAGACAGAAGAUUCAAACUCCUUUAGGGCAUUAAUAGCAGGAAGGGCCUGUGGCAAAAUGCGUAACAAGAAAGAGUUGUAGUUACAUAAAAUAAAUAUUGCUCAGUCAUUUUUUCCAAGUGCUUCUGGGAUCAGAAUUCAUUUAAUCAAAGGAAAUGUAGUUUUGACGGAUCUUGCUUUCAUGGCAUUUGAAAACAUUUUAGGUACAUUCCACCUUUAGAAGGCCACAUACUGUAGUCAUUGCACUGCCAGGGUUGUUCGUAUCAAAGGCUACAGGCUUUGAUGUCUUUUUGGUCUGGUUUUUUUUUGUUUAGGUUUUUUUUUUUGUCUAAAGGUAAUUUUAAGUACAUUGAAUUGUAUAUGUAAUGUAGUUAAUUAUAAUUGGGAGAAAGAUUAUAUUUCAAGGUUAGUAUUGUGCAGAUGUGAAGGACCUUAGAAAUAAGUAUGUAUUUAAUUGUUACAGAAAUGUAUUUCUGUAAUAAAAUAAUGUUGGUCAUACUAUGCCUUAAACUAUCAAAGCUCUUUAAGUUGAAAUAUGUAUUCAGAAUCCUGCUAUGCUUUAGGAACAACCCUGAACAGCUAACACUGUAUUUUAUUUUAAGAUGUGUAACUUCACAUUUCUUACAUAUAUCGUACUUAUUUUGUGCACUGAUCCAUUUGGUAACUUAGUGGAAAUUUCAUUGAGAAGGCUUUAUUUUUGGAAACUUAAAAAAACCAACAGGUUAAUGAAAAUUUGAUGCUUGAAGUAUACAGAAAUGUUCCCAGCCCUCACUACUGGAAUUUGUAGCCUUGCAUCAAUGAGAGACACAAGCCUGGGGCUCCUUGUAAGCACCUCUUAAUCUGCCAGACAGUAUUCUCCCCCAGCUCAUUCCUUGGAGGAGAGAGUCACAAAUCUAUGGUUAAUUUUGGGGAAGAAACCCCAGAGCAUUGCAGGGUCUGGUGCUUUGGCCCUUCCUCUCCCCAGCGUCGGGUGCCGCAUCAGCCAUCUCGAGGACACCCACCUCCUCUUUGGGUAUGCUGCUGCCCUGUAGGCACAACUUCCUCAAACUAAAGAAAAAAAAAAAGAAAAAAUGUGGGAAACUGGGACUGUGCCAGACGUGAAAACAAAGAUCUCAUUAUUACGUUUCUUUGCUCAGUGGAAAAUAUCACACUUCAGUCACUAAAUAGCCUAAAGUUAAUCAGCUAAUAACCUUGGUAAAAUUUUUGUUAUUUUAAUAAUGCUUUUCUGCACUCUUUUAAGAUUUUUGUAGACAGAAGGAAACACAGUAUUUAAGGUGGCUUUUAUUGUUUGUUUUUUUGGGUUGUUUUAAAAAUACAAAACUCCCCAGUCCAAGCAGAGAACCCUCCCUAAAACUCUCUCUGCCUAGAGAAGAAUAGCGACAGUGGUUUGAGGAGAACGGGAACACAGAGGCAGCACUAAGGGAUCAGUGACCCCCCCACUGUUUUCUCUUACUGCUGUUAACACAUGGGGAAUAUUGCUGUUUGAAACUCUGGCACCUUCCAGCUUGUGUAUGACUGUAACAUCCUGCAAAUGUACUUGUUUUCUUUUUCUGUUCUCUGCUUUUUAAAAAAUUUUAUUUCCAUGUUGUAUCUAUUCAUUUAGAGGUAACAUUUUACCACGACGUUUGUACCGGUGUGUGGUUCAGGUGUGCCAUCAUGGUUGCUGGUGUCUCCUGGUUCCUGGACAAUGAUACUAAGCAAAUAAGAUGCUGGGCAUCAUCGUACUUUGCUCUCGCUUUGGAUCUACUAAUUUUUAAUAAAAUUUCACGUGCCCAGA